AUGGUGGGACCUGAGAGGUACACAUAUUUUAUGAAGAGCCAUCAGAGUUUAUCCAUCCGAACACCUGAAGCCACAAGCCUAGCCAGGGCCACCAGUUUUAAUGAAGUAAAGGUGAACAAUUUCUUCAGUUUGCUUAAAAAGAUUUUGGAUAGACUGACGUUGCAAGCCCAGGAUAUAUGGAAUAUGUACGAAACGGGGACUACAACUAUACAGGAACUAGACAGAGUGGUAACACGGAAAGAUUUGAAACAAAUUGGAAGGGUAACCUCUGCUGAAAGAAGUAGUCUCGUAGCCCUUGCAACAUGUGUACCAGCUGGAGAUAAUGCUGUCCCUCCAUUCUUCAUGUUUCCUAGAGCAAAAUACAAACCACAUUUUGUUCGAGACGCUCCAGCUGGUUCUAACGGUGAUGCCAACAAGUUAGGCUGGAUAGUAGAAACAAAUUUUAUUAAGUUCUCCAAGCACCUCAUUCGCUAUUCUAGAAGUUCGAAGGGUAGCCCGACACUUCUACUUUUUGACAACCACGACUCUCAUUUGUCUAUUGAAACACUUGAUUAA